AUGAAGCAGGCAGAGACAGCGGCACAGAAGAAAGUUGACAAAAUAAAUGUGAAGCUGAGCGAUUCUGAAAGGGAGAGGAAAGUGCUGAAAAGGGAAAAUGAAGAGUUAAGAAAGCGUAUUGAAGAGCUGGAAAUCAGAUUAGCAGCAGCCGAAGAGAUUCCAACCAGCUUAGAUGCGCUAAAAGGCGAUGAUAGCGAUUGGACGAUCAGAUCGGAGCAUGAUGUGAUUAUCGGUGAUUUACAAGAGCGUUUGUACACUAUUCAAAGAGAAAAUGAAGGGCUUAAUAAGAAAAUUGAAGAGCUGAAGAAAGUGAUAGAGGAGAAAGACGCUAUCAUCAACCAAACAACUCAGAGCAAGGAUGGACAUACUUUUGUUAUUGGUGGUGGGCACGAUGCGGAAAGUCUUCUGCAGCGCAUCGAUGAUUUGGAAGUUAGAUUACGUGAAGAACAAGACGAACGAGCCAAAGCAAACACAGCUCUUGCCGCGUACAUGUCUCGCUAUCACAAGUUAGAGAAGAAGUUACACGAAGCUAACGUAUCUAUUGAUAAGUCCUUGAAAGCAAGUAAUAAAGAAGAAGUGAAAGCAACGGUAAGUAUUUAUUAUCCAGUCAUCAAUUGCUCGCCUUCUGAACUGCGUGUAGCUUUCGGAUCCUUCUCGCCAUGAGG